CGACUGUCCCACCCCGGGACGAUGGAUUUCUUUCACUUCCGCGCGAUGACGUCACACUCAAGUAUAUAAGGAUGCCAGGAACCACAGACAUCACCAGUCUCUGCCGAGUCUACCGUCACCAAUGACUUUCAAGGUUCUCCUCCUCGCUGCCGUUGCGGCCCUGGCUGCUGCCGACCAGGCUCCUUCCUACAGCCCGCCCCGCCCCACCUACAACCCCCCACAGCCGUCCUACGGCCCCGCCGAGCCCACCGCCCCAGCCCAGUACAACUUCAACUGGGCCGUCAAGGACGACUACUCCAGCAACGACUUCGGCCACGAGGAGACUCGUAACGGCUACGACACCCAGGGCUCCUACUUCGUCCUCCUCCCCGACGGCCGCCUGCAGCGCGUCAAAUACACCGUCAACGGCAACUCCGGCUUCCUACCGGAGAUCAGCUACGAGGGCGAGGCGCAGUACCCCCAGCAGCCCACCUACAGCAGGCCCCAGCCCACCUACCAGCCCCAGCCCCCCACCUACAGUUAACGCCAUCACCCCCAUCACCCACUGACAGAGUAUAUAUAUUUUUCUACGCUUCGCUAGUAAGGCCUCGUGUGUAUAUAUGAGAUGCAAUAAAGGUGCUCGAUAACC